AUGACUGCUAUGAAUGGCUUUCUGAUGGACUACAGUUUGAACCGCGUAGCAAAGUAUCUCCGUCUGCUUGGCUACAGUGCUGUGUGCGAUCCUUACACUCGUCAAUGCGAUCUACUGGAAAUGGCUGCAAGAGAUAAGCUGGCAUUGGUUGCAUCAAGUCCAACGCUGAUAUCACAGGUUGAGGCACACAACAGGGCCUUAACUAAACGUAAGACCGUUCCUUCUCAAAUGCGAACUGUUGUUGCGUACGACUCAGAUGGCGAAUCAAUUUACUCAGAUGAGUCUGACGAGGGAGGCGAGGUUGUUUUGUACAAGGUCCAUCCGCAGUUCUCGGCGGACUUUUUUUCUGCCAUGGUGCGUCUCAUCAGAGAGACAGGGAUUUGCUACGACUACAGACGUGUUUUCUCGCGCUGUAUUGCAUGCAAUGAGGUUUUGUUACCCGUUCCCAAAUGGAGUGUUGCGGGAGAUGUACAUUCAAAGGUGUACGAGAUCUAUGAGGCAUUCACACGUUGUCCCAGAUGCCACAAGGUGUUCUGGGGUCUGGACGGCACAACUGUUGUAAGUUAUACAUCAUUUCGUACCCUGGAGUUGCUUCAGCGUCUUUGUUGUGCAGCGGGUGCGCCAGGGAGCAAACCCUCUUAUAUGGCAUCGCUGCGCUACUUCCGCGCGUUUCCGAGAGCAGUGCACGCACUGGUUGUGUCUUUUCUCCCUGAUAACGACUUAAGGACCUUUGUAAUGGUGUUCCCCCGGCUGAAGGAGAUGACUGCUACCGCCUGGGAACGGAUGAAAUUGAAGGGAUGA